AUGUGUAGUAUCUUCAGUUGUUUCAAACCACCCCCGGAGUCUGCAGGCUCGGCAGACCGCCACAGCUCUGGACACAGCCAUACUGAUGAUAUUAGCUACCACAGGCUGUCCUCCCCCAAUGCUGACUUUGCCUUUGCCCUCUACAAAAGUCUGAAGGCCAACACUGCUGCUGGAAAGAACAUCUUCUACUCACCACUGGGAAUCUCCAGCAUCCUGUCCAUGGUGUCUGCAGGAGCUGGAGGUGAAACCCACAGCCAGCUGUUCUCCACCUUGGGCUACAGCGCCUUCAACCAAACCCAGGUCAAUGGAGCAUACAAACAUCUCUUUGACGUCCAUGGACACAGUCAGGAGAAUCUACAGCUGGAUGUAGGAAAUGCUGCUGCAGUGCGCUCUGGCUUCAAUCCUCUGGAGACGUUCCUGAAUGAUGUCAAGGAGUUUUACUCUGGUGAGAUCUUCACUGUCAGCCAAGAUCUCUCUGAGGCUGCAGCUAAGAUCAACAGAUUUAUUGCAAAUAAAACUCAGGGUAAGAUCAAGGACAUGGUGAAGGACCUGGAUCCCGCUAUGGUCAUGGUGCUGAUCAACUACGUCUACUUUAAAGGACUGUGGGAGAACCCAUUCCAAAGUGAUAUGACACGACAGGCUGAAUUUCAUGUGGACAAGACCACCAAAGUUCAGGUAGACAUGAUGUCAAGGACCGGGCACUACAAGGUCUACUGGGACGAAGCAAACCAUGCCACUGUCAUCAGUCUGCCUUACAAGGGCGACGCCUCCAUGAUGAUCGUCCUGCCUGAUGAAGACAAGAUGGAGGAGGUGGAGGGCUACAUCAACAAGGACCACAUCAGACGCUGGCGAAACUCAGUCUCUAUGAGUUACAUAGAUCUGUUCAUGCCAAAGUUUUCCAUCUCUACUGAUGCUUCCCUGGAGAGCACUCUGAAAAAAAUGGGCAUCAUAAAUGCUUUUGGAGAGAAUGCUGAUUUCUCUGGUAUAUCUAAAGACUUACCGCUCAAAAUCUCAAAGGCAUCCCACAAGGCUGUGCUCAGUGUCACUGAGAUUGGAACAGAGGCAACAGCUGUCAGCACCAUGGAGAUUACGACUCAUAUGUUACCUCCAAGCAUCAGAAUUGACAGACCAUUCUUGGUUUUCAUCAUAGAAAACUUCAGUGGGAGCAUCCUCUUCAUGGGCAAGAUCAACAACCCAACAGCUGAAUGA